AAUACCCAAGAACUCGCUCGCUUAAACUAUAAAUGGUUGUGAAAUGUAGUAGGGCAGUUAUCGAAAUGCUUAAUUAUAACCUUGACUAAACCCUAGUUGACUAUACCCUACUUACUUGUGCUUUCUGCAGCAUUUUCUUAGAUUAGCCAAGCAGUACACGAAAAAACUGAAACUUCGGGAAAAGACUGUAGUUGCAUUGCCAGUACUUACAUACUGAUAGUGAGCAGUGAAAAAAGAAGAAAGAGUUUCCGAGUUGUAAACGGAAAAAGUGCGAUUUAGAAACAUACCUAAUAAAGUUGUUAUAAGUGUUGGAAAAUGUGAAAAUCCAAAAUAUCGAUUUAAAUAGAGUGCCAGUCUCGACUUCGAAAACUAACUAAAUGUUCUCCACACUGGCCCCGCUGUACUGAAUCGGGCUCUCAUUCCUCUCAUCUAUGCGCAACUAAUUUGCAAUGAUGAGUUAUCAGAAAGGUCUAAAGGAUCCAAACCUGGACAGGCAUACCAGUAAAGCCAAAUCCCGGCAUUUCACGGUCAACGGUCUUCUGAGUGCCAAUAACACGCUCCAACAGCAGCAGAACCAAUACAACCUGCAGCCAUCGAAUGACAGUCGGAACAUCUACAACAAUCCCUACAUUCCGCCGCAGCAACAACAGCAACAGCAGCAGCAGCAGCAGACGCAGCAGCGCACAGCCCACCUGUUCAAGGCCCUGGCUGCCUCCGCCGGCGGCACAAACAGCCUGCCCCAUCCCUACGACUUCUCCAACUCAUCAUCCUCCUCCAACGCCAACAAUGACCACCAGGGAUCAUCCUCUUCGGAAGCAGAAAACGCCUUUCUAACUCAUAAUAACGGGAUGGGCCGUAGGUCGAGCAGACGCCACCAGUUAUGCAAUAAAAAUCAUUAA